AUGUACACUAAUCGAAAAAAGAAUUUUUUAUAUUUAAUAAGAAAUUCAACAAUUGAAUCUACUCGUUUCGAUGAAUGUACAGGUUGUGAAAUACCUUGUAAAGAACAUAUUUCUUAUCCACCUGAAAUACUUAAAAGAAUUGAUCAAAGUAAUAUGAGUAAUUCUGUUGAAAAACAUUGUCGUCAUUUAUGUAUUGGACAAUCUAUUUUACCUUCUCAAUGGCCAAAAGAUGUUAAAGAUUUACAAGGAAAUUAUAUAAGAGAAUUAACAAAAAUUUUACAUGAAAAUAAAGAUUCUAUUGGAUAUUCAAUUAAAGUAACAUCAACAUCGAUAAUGUCAAAAAAUAAUUCAGAACAAAUAGCUGAUUGGUAUUUAUUUCCUGAUCAAAUUAAAUUAUAUAAUGUUCAUAUGAAACAAGUAAAAGAUAUUGUACAAAAAUUAUUCAUUAAUGAUGAAUCAAUUAUUAAAAUAAAAGAUACAACAAAAACAAUUGAAGAACAACUUAAACAAAAUAAUCAUUUGCCUAUAUUUUAUGAAAAUAUUAUAUGUGAAAAAUUACAUGGCCUUUGGAUACUUGUUUGUUGUCAUUAUCAACGUGAUCAACGAUGUGGAGUAAUCGGACCAAUUUUAGUUGAUGAAAUAGAAAAGUACAUUCGUAAGACUAAUCGUACUGAUAAUGUUCAUUGUUUAAAAAUAAGUCAUAUCGGUGGACAUAGAUUUGCUGGUAAUGUCGUCAUUUACCCAUCGGGUACAUGGUAUGGUCGAGUAUUGACAUGUCAUAUUCCAUUAUUAAUUGAUGCUUAUACAUCAUCAUCAACAACAGAUUUAAAAAACAAAUUAAAACCUCUUCUACGCGGACAUUUAGAAACAAUUUGA